AUAAAAAUGAUGAUAAAUAGAUAAUCUCAUCUAUUUCUAAGAUUGGUAUCUGGUCCAAAGUUUUAUCAUGGAGGAUUGAAAGAUUAAGAUAGAAUAUUCACAAAUGUUUACAGAGAUGGAGAUCCAUAUAUUCAAGGAGCUUUGAGAAGAGUAUGAAAAUCAAUAAUUUUAGGGAGAUUGGCAUAGAACAAAAGAUAUCUUAAGCAUGGGUUAAGAUUGGAUUAUAGAUGAAAUAAAAAAGAGUGGUUUAAGAGGAAGAGGUGGCGCAGGAUUUCCAAGUGGUUUGAAAUAUUCAUUCAUGCCAAAAGUAAAUCCAGAUGGAAGGUUAGAUGUAUCUUAUUGUAUAAAGACCAUCAUACUUGGUGAUAAAUGCUGAUGAGUCAGAGCCUGGAACAUGUAAAGAUAGGGAAAUAUUAAGACAUGAUCCUCAUAAAUUAGUAGAGGGUGCAUUAUGUGUAGGAUUUGCAAUGAGAGCUAGAGCUGCAUAUAUAUAUUGUAGAGGAGAGUUUUGGGUAGAAGCAAAUGCCCUAUAAUAAGCAGUUGAUGAAGCUUAUAAAAAAGGAUUUUUGGGUAAGAAUGCAUGUGGUAGUGGAUAUGAUUUUGAUGUUUAUGUUCAUAGUGGAGCAGGUGCAUAUAUUUGUGGAGAAGAAACUGUAUAUAUAUAUAAAUAUAAUGUAAAGGGUUUAAUAGAAUCAUUAGAAGGUAAACCAGGGAAACCUAGACUUAAGCCACCAUUCCCAGCUAAUGCAGGUUUGUGGGGUUGUCCUACAACAGUUACAAAUGUUGAAACUGUUUCUGUAUGUCCAACUAUAUUAAGAAGAGGAGGGAAUUGGUUUGCUUCUUUUGGAAGACCCAAUAAUAGAGGCACAAAAUUAUUUUGUAUUUCUGGUCAUGUUAACAAUCCUUGUACAGUAGAGGAAGAAAUGUCAAUCCCACUUAAAGAAUUAAUAGAGAGACAUUGUGGAGGUGUAAGAGGAGGAUGGGAUAAUCUUAAAUGUAUAAUACCUGGAGGUUCUUCUGUUCCUAUGUUACCUAAAGAGAUAUGUGAAACUGUACUAAUGGAUUUUGAUGCUUUAAGAGAUGUUAGAUCUGGAUUAGGUACGGCUGCUGUAAUUGUUAUUGAUAAAUCAACUGAUAUUAUUGAUGCCAUCUUGAGAUUGAGUAAAUUUUAUAAACAUGAAUCAUGUGGAUAAUGUACACCAUGUAGAGAAGGUACUUCAUGGUUAGUUGAUCUAUUGGAAAGAAUGAAAGUUGGAAAUGCUGAUUUUGCUGAAAUUGAUUAAUUAGAAGUAAUAUUAUAUUAUUAUUAAGGAAUUAACUUAUUAAAUUGAAGGUCAUACUAUUUGUGCUCUUGGAGAUGCUGCUGCAUGGCCUGUUUAAGGACUUAUUAGAUCUUAUAGAGAAGAAAUUGAAGAAAGAAUUGAAGAUUAUCAUUCUAAACAUCCAAUUAAAUCUAGAUAAUUACGUAGUCACCCAUAAUCAUCAAGUCAUUGAUUUAUUCAUAC